AUGUAUGCUGCUAUGGAAAUGACGCAAUACCAAAAGGAUGCUGGAACAAUAUCUGGAAAUAACCUGGAUCAUACCUCUGGAAAAUUAGAUAAGAGUCGCGAGCAGUGCCAGGGAUCGAAUUUAACGGUCGCUAACUCGCAAAAUGCGAGAGAAGAAAAUUGUGAGGCUGUUCGAUAUGGACCAAGCACAUCCGAAUGUCAGAUGUUUAGUGACGUCAUCCCUCAAUGGACCGGAAAUGACGCUAACUGGUUGAUAUAUCAGAAAAUUAAGGGUUGCCCCGAAGGGUGGGUCGCCUUUUACAAGUCGUGUUACUUCUUCUCUACUAAUUUGGCCAACUGGAACAAUGCGGAGGACCACUGUAUAAGCUUGGGCGGUCAUCUGGCGACUGUCCGCACCAUAGAGGAACAUCAAUUCAUCGUCGAGAACCGACCUUUGCCGAACCGGUUUCUCUGGAUUGGAGGGAAACGAUCUUCUACAGUUGUUAGCACUUUCGUUUGGGCCAACGGUGAACCAUGGGAUUUUCAUCAUUGGUCACCAUUCGAACCUAGUAAAGAGGAGGAAGAAUGUGUGGAUAUAUAUAAUUACAAAGCAGAUCCGGCUCAGUACGGGGAUACUUGGAAUGAUCGUAUGUGUUCUGAACUUGAUCCAUUUGUAUGUGAGAAACUCGUAUUAUUGGGAUAA